CUCUCAGUCCUGCAGAGCUCGGCUCGCUGCAUGUCUAACAUUUCUCCCUCCAACUCCAACCAGCUCCGAUCUCCUCUGAAGGGACUACAGAAGAAGGAAAGAAGAAGAAGAAGACCCAUCAGACCUCAGCUGCUACAGUUUCUGGGUCCUCCUGGUCUCAGCCUGAGCCAUCUCCUCUGUUAAUCCCAGGCCAUCAGGAUCUAGCCCCGCCCUCUGCCUCCAUGGAGCGCGUGCAGCACAUGACCAAGUCUGCGAUCCGGCGGGCAUCUCAGAUCGAGGUGAACCCUCAGGCCAAGAGGAACCUGCAGGAGCUCUUCGUUAACUUCACCCUCAUCCUCAUCUGCCUGCUGCUCAUCUACAUCAUCGUCCUGCUCAGCAGCUGAGGACCGGACCGGCACACGCACCAGAUUAUAAUCCAGACCUCUGGAUUAUCAGACCACCUUUAUCAGACAUGUUCACCUUUAGCAGAAUAACACUGGCUGUAGCAUGAACACAGAUCAUACAUGUAGUUCAGACAUCACUCACUUUAACCUACUUUUCCCAUGAGCCCUGCUGCUUCCUGCAGACACACCCCACCUCCUGUCUCUGCAGGAAGCAGCACACAGCAGGUCUGUGAUUAUCAAACAUCUCCAGAAACAAUCAGAUCUUUGAAUAAAUGUCCAGCACCACAGUGAAAAGAUAACUACAACUCCCAGAGUGCACUUUGAUCCCAAACAGUACUGUGUUGUAAAUGCAUGACUCUAAACUUUAAAGGUAAACUUUAUGUUCUCUACACCACUCACCUUCAGGCUCAUCCAGAUCAACAGCACAGCAAGCUGAGGCUCAUGGGUAAUGUAGUUCUCACAACACAGAAUGCAAGCUGCAAAUAAGAGAUACUAAAAAGCAGAAAUGUUUAAGCUUUGGCGCGCCCUAGUGGUCAUAUAAGAAACAACAGAGUGAAAGUUGUGUUUCAUCUUUCAAACAUGCAGGCCUGCAAAUCAAGACAGCAGCUGACACACACACACGCGCGUACACACACACGAACAGUAUCGUUUGCAUGGUGUGAUUUCACCUGUUUAGUUUAAAGCACAGGAUUGUCAUGUAGAAAUAAUCUGUAAAACGUGUUAAACUGCUUCUGAGAUUGCACUGUUAAGUUAUGCAUCUUAAACGUCUUUGCUGUGACUGUAAAUGAAAACUAAGAAGACUUGGAUUUCAAGAUGGAGUGUGUGAGGAGGAGUGGACUUAGAAGAAACUGCAUGACAAUAAAGUUCAGUCUCUCCUCCUGAA